UAUUCGGCCAUCUCAAAUUCGCUAUUUUUUUUUUAAUCCACAUCCCUAAUUAUAAUACACAAGGCAAGGCGACAAGGAAUAAGGCAUCAUGGGCGAUGUUGACAAGUGGAUAGAGAGUGUGAAGGAGUGCAAGUACCUGACGGAGAAUGAACUGAAAAAGCUUUGCGAGAUGGUGUGCGACAUUCUGCUGGAGGAGACAAAUAUUCUGCCCGUGAGCUCGCCCGUCACCGUUUGCGGUGACAUCCAUGGCCAGUUCUACGAUCUGGAGCAACUGUUCCGCACGGGAGGCCAAGUUCCGGACACCAACUACAUAUUCAUGGGCGACUUUGUGGACCGAGGCUAUUACUCGUUGGAAACAUUCACCAGACUGCUGACCCUUAAGGCACGGUAUCCCAGCAGGAUCACCCUGCUGCGAGGAAACCACGAAACCCGGCAGAUAACCAAGGUCUAUGGAUUCUUUGACGAGUGCUUCAGCAAGUACGGAAAUGCCAAUGGAUGGAAGUACUGCUGCAAAGUCUUCGAUCUUCUCACCAUCGCUGCCAUCAUCGACGAAGAGGUGCUGUGCGUACACGGUGGCCUGAGUCCCGAGAUUAUCACUUUGGAUCAGAUAAGGACAAUCGAGCGUAAUGGCGAGAUACCGUACAAGGGAGCCUUCUGUGAUUUGGUGUGGUCCGAUCCUGAGGACAUGGAGUACUGGGGCCAGAGUCCGCGAGGCGCAGGGUGGCUGUUCGGACAUAACGUAACCAAGGACUUCAUGGCGAUCAACAACCUGGAUCUGAUAUGCCGGGCACAUCAGCUGGUCAACGAGGGCAUCAAGUACAUGUUCGAGGGCAAACUGGUGACUGUUUGGUCAGCACCAAACUAUUGCUAUCGAUGUGGGAAUGUGGCUGCUAUCCUCAGUUUCGAAACGGCGCAACAGAGGCAGACGAAGAUCUUCCUGGCGGUUCCGGAUGCCGAACGGGUAAUACCCAAGCAGAACACUACGCCUUACUUCCUGUAAAAAGAUUUGUGGCCCGUGUGAUACGAUACGAUACCAUAACCAUAUACCGAUCCAAUACGAUCCGCCCACUGUUUCGGCAUCGUGGCAAUCAAUCAUCUACGCUUGUGGACCAGCGAAAAGGCAGCCUUCGACUGACUGAUCCAUUUGUCCACCUUUAUACGCCUUCAACUCAAAACACUCGGAACAGAACUCACACACACACCUGUAAUUGCGACCCUUUUGUAUGGCAAACACAUAUAUAUUUAGUAAGAUCAAAGUUUAACCUUAUGUUAUUUGUUUUCAACAAGUGAAAGUGCAACCAAAAACAAAAACAAAAUAAUAGAAAGCAUAGAAUCGAUUUGUUUAAGAAGUAUAUCCAAGUAUUGUAUUUACUGAUUAUGAAUGCUGAAACAGCUAGACAUUUACAGAAACAAAAAGCAAGCCUUUAUAUAAUUCAUUGUAUUUUGUAUUCCAAACUUAUUUAUUUCUGUGAACAACACACAAACUAUAUACUUUUUGUACAUUUUGUAUUAGUAAUGCUUUGAGGAAAAUAAGUGGCACAACAAGAACUAAGAUUAACCAAAUGUGUGAUCCCGAUAAAAACGAUACGAUUAAAACAAAAAGACAA